AUGCACUCUGUGACAAUCCGCCCGAACCAGAACCAGAACCAUGUCCUCGCUCCUCCCCGUCCCUAUGUUCCCUUCCACGUAGCACCGUCUGAUUUCGCGGCCAGUCUCCCGCCAGUCGGCUUGUUGCGUCCUGAAGUGUUGCAGGCGCUGGACGGAGACGCGGGCUACGAGUCCGUGCGUACCGACAAGGGCGUAUGCGUGACCUUUUCACCUACUGUUCUAGCGGGUGGCCGGGCGGCGAUGGACGGCGCUAUCGCCGAGACGGCGGCGCGUUGGCGCAAGGCAGGGCAGUUCAAUCCCUGUCUCGCUGGAUGGCGUAACGAGCUAUACGCGAUUUAUGCGUCUCCUCAAAGUGCAGCAUUCUCAUCUCUCUCAUCUCCUCCAAGAGGUGGGUGGCGCAACGCCGCAUUUGCGUGCGAGCGCGCCGCAUGCGCCGUAUUCGGAUUCGCGACCUUUGGGGUCCACAUGACGGCGUACGAGGGCGAGGGCGAGAAUAUGAAGAUCUGGGUACCGCGCAGAAGCCCCACCAAAGCCACAUGGCCCGGCAUGCUCGACAAUAGCGUGGCAGGCGGCAUUACGGCCGGAAUGACUCCCCGCGAUACCAUGGUCAAAGAGUGCGACGAGGAGGCGUCGCUCCCUGCCAGUCUAGUUGAGGCGCGCCUCAAAAACGUCGGCCUCGCAACGUACUGGUACAUCACCGAGGCUGGGUUUUUACAGCCAGAAGUCGAAUACCUAUACGACCUGCCUCUCCCUCCCCGCGAUUCGGCAGAGUACGUCCUCCCACGCCCACACGACGACGAGGUCGAGUCGUUCCACCUCAUGACCGUUCCCGAGGCCAUAGCGGCCCUCCACCGAGGCGAGUUUAAGCCUAACUGCGGGAUCAUUCUCGUCGACUUCCUCAUCCGCCACUCGCUCAUCACCCCUGAAAAUGAGCCAGACUACAUCGAGAUCUGCUGGCACAUGCGCCGCCGCCUGGGUGUGGGUAUGCCAGCGUAG